AUGGAUAAUUCAUGUGAAUCUAAUGUUCCAUCAGUAAUACAUCUAUACACGGGAAAUGAACUAGCUUUAAACCACCUAUCAUCGUCUUACGAAAAUUCAGAAUUUAUCAAUGAAUCAAAUAAACAGAAAUUCAUUGUAGACUGUCGUGUAAACAAUGAUACUUCAAAAAUGAAAUUUGAGAUAUCCGAUUUACCAACUAGAUCAGGAAAAUUAAAUGUUGAUAACGAUAAUGAUAACGAUGAUCAUAGGGAAGAGUGGAAUAACCAGUGUGAUUUUUUUCUAUCAGUACUUGGUUAUGCAGUUGACUUAGCAAAUGUUUGGCGAUUUCCAUAUGUAUGCUUUACUAAUGGUGGCGGUGCUUUCCUAAUUCCCUACUUUAUUGUGAUGAUUUGCAGUGCAACACCAAUGUUCUACUUGGAAUUGGUUUUAGGCCAAAAACAUCGUCGUGGAGCUAUUUCUCUUUGGGAUAUAUGUCCUAUGUUUCGAGGUGUUGGUAUUGCUCAAGUAAUCAUAUCCUAUAUAGUUGCAUUCUAUUAUAAUACAAUAUCUGCAUGGUCACUAUACUUUUUAUUUGUAUCCAUUACGGAUAUUCUACCAUGGACCUAUUGUGAUCAACGAAGGGGUAAUAGUAUUAAUUGCGUGAAUUUUACGUAUUUACAAAACUUAUCUAAUACUAUUUCCAAUGACGAAAAUGAUUUAUUACAACAGAAAAAUUAUAGUCUUGCUUCAAUUGAAUAUUUUGAACGUGUUGUUUUGAAAUUACAGCAAAGUACUGGUUUAGAAGAUCUUGGACCAAUUAGAUGGCAAUUAGUAGGAUGUACUAUAUUCAUAUUUAGUAUACUAUUUGCAUCAAUGAGGAAUGGAGUGAAAACAUCGGGCAAGGUUGUGUAUGUGACUGCAUUACUUCCAUAUUUAUUGUUGGGUAUACUUUUAAUUAAUGGAUUGACGCUGAAUGGUUCCUAUAAUGGAAUUUGGUACUUUAUUAAACCACGCUUUGAUAAAUUAUCAGAAAUGACGGUUUGGGCGAAUGCAGCUAUUCAAAUAUUUUUUUCAACUGGAGCAGGAUUCGGUGCACAUAUCGCUUAUGCAACGUAUAAUCCUAGACGGUACAAUUGUUACAGAGAUUGUUUGAUCACUUCAUUUGUGAAUGCUUCUACAAGUUUAUUUGCUGGAGUUACUGUAUUCGCUUAUCUUGGUUAUUUGGCUCAUCUUACUCAUACUACAGUACAAACUGUAACAGGAGAAGGUCCAGGAUUGGUAUUUCAAGUUUAUCCAUUAGCUAUUGGAACUUUACCUUUCGCACCAUUAUGGGCAACAAUAUUCUUUCUGUUACUUAUAAUGCUCGGAUUAGACAGUGGAAUGGGUGGAUUAGAAUCCGUUGUCACCGCUUUAACUGACAUUGUACCGAAGAGAUUUUCACGUUACAGACAUUUACGACCUUUCAUUACAUUGGCUGUAAUUGGUUCGGCCUGUUCAUUUGCCUUCAUUAAUGUAACCAGUGGGGGAAUGUAUGUAUUCAACCUUAUGGAUCGAUAUAUGGCUGGUACUGCAUUACUCAUUGGAAGCUUAUUUCAAGUGAUUGCCAUAGCAUGGUUUUAUGGUAUGAAUAAACUUUGUCAAGAUAUUAUAUCAAUGAAUCUUCCCACACCUAAUAUAUAUUGGCGACUGUGCUGGAAACUGUUAACACCCAUCACUUUGACUGUUAUGAUAAUCAGUUCACUGAUAGAUCCUACACCAUUACAAUAUAAUUAUGGGGCAAAACAUCCAGAAUUAUCAACUAAUUAUUCAGAAAGAGUAAAUAUCACUCUGCACGGAACUUCACAAUUUUAUGUUUAUCCAAAAUGGUCAAUUUAUUUAGGUUGGACCAUGAGUGGAAUAUCAAUUAGCAUGAUUCCAUUGGUAUUUUUCAUUGUUUUAGUUAAAAAUGGUUUUAGAAUUAAGAUCAGUGAAGUUUUCUCAAUGGGACCACUUGAUGUAUGGCCAGUCAAGAAAAGAAAUCAAAUAUGUAAUCGAUAUUUCAACCGGAGUGAAGGAAACCAUGACAAGAAAUGUACUAGGAAAAUAAAUGAUGAUAAAAAUAUACAAAGUAAUCAUUAUGAAUUUACAAGAUAGGCAAAUUAAGACC